UGUGUUGAACACGUGUCGUUCGGCGAGUGGUUAACUCUUCUCCGGUUGAAAUCAAUCCAAAUCACAUCACUUUUUACCGGUUAUUAGUAUAUUAGUAAAGGUUAGUUUGGUAAUUAAACAAAACGUAAACCCUUAAUAAGUUAACCGACUAAAAUUUCCCGAUCCCAAUUCGUCGUUUUAAAAGCCCUAGCUUCUUCUUUUUUCGACGAUCAAAAGUUUCGAUUUUUCAGCAGCAAGAUGGUGAACAACGUUGUCUCUAUCGAAAAGAUGAAAGCACUCUGGCACUCCGAGGUUCAUGAUGAACAAAAAUGGGCGGUGAACAUGAAACUUCUGCGAGCACUUGGUAUGUUUGCAGGAGGAGUCGUCCUCAUGCGUAGCUAUGGGGAUCUCAUGGGAGUUUGAGAAGAAGAAUGGAGGAUCAUGGGAGUUUGAGAAGAAUGGAGGAGCCUCUCUUUAGUUUUCACUCUCUCAAACUCUUGUAUUUUCUUCUCUAGAAUUGGUGUGAACUCGUUUCUGAUUUGUGUCUUGGGAUGCUAUAAAAGAGUUAAUUUUCCAUUCACAACCGCUUCGUGAUUGCAUUUUAUCAUCGACAAUUUCAUUCAACCAGAGAUUGUUUUACAAACUUGGCUUGUCAUGAUCGACAAGCAAGUACAUUUUGUAAUUAACAAAGGAUCAAAAGACUAGAACAUAGCAAUACAAUCUGGAUCUGCAACUUCACUUCGUUCUAAAACUACACUGCCUUAUGAUAUCUGCG